AUUUCCGCAUGGCUGAAACAUCAGUUCUGGCGAAAACAUUUUGCUUUGAUCGCGGAAAGAAUAAAAGUGAAAGCGCACUGCAUUUAUACUCUUCUUCCACCCCAUCAAUAACUAUCAUGGGCAGAGAGGGAUGGUUUAUGACGAUUCUCCAAAGAGAUUUCGAAUUUUUCCGUAAGGGAGAUGCAAGGGGUCUAAUCUCAACAGGACGAGGGUACAAACUGCCCCAAAUAAGACGUUCCAGUUUAUUUUGAAAGCAGAAUGCUUGUAACGCUGCACAUUUAUUAAUCCUGGUGAACGAACUAACUGGUGUUUAUCAUAUACGGGGGUUGUUUAUAAAAAACACGACGCAUCAUUAGGUAUAUCGAUAAUUUUACGAUGUAUGAAUUUGGUUUUUGGGGAAAAUAACGUAAUUGUAUGAAUUAUACGACAAAUUUUGAUGAAAGCGCUGGACAAAAGGCGAAACACCUGUAGGAAGUACAAAAUAUGUACAACGAAAUUUAUAAAAUGGUAAAAGAAUACACCAACUCAAUAUUAACAACAACCAAUUUGUUCAAACCCUAUAGGUAUAAAUUUCAGUAGUAGUUUCCUAUAUACAUCAGUCUAAAGUUGGCCGAAUAUUGAUUCAUUUCCCUGAUUAUUAUCUGUAUAUGUACAAUGUAGCAUAUGUACAUGCAUUAACUGUUUUUAUAUUUUUUAUAAGAAUGUGCGUGACUCACGUCAUUGCGGGUAAAAAAUGAUGUGAAGAAUUGGACGAAGGUUAUUCACCGAUUAUUCCAUCCUUAAGGCAAGUAAAGAGUAUACGUAGGUAGGGUUUUGCAAAACUUUAUCCGAUUUUAUUAAGCAGUUUAAAAGAUAUUUGUGAAUUAAAACGUUUGAACGAGUGCGUUAAUUAAAAAUCAAUUAUUUUGACGUAUUCCGCUUGGAAAUAAACAAUGAAAAAAAUAAGCGGGUCUAAACGUUUCUAUUCGAGUGUAUGUUUGGUGGCCUAUACUUAUCUUCUAAUCGCACAUUAAAACCUUGAAACUGGGGAGUACAGUUGGUUGCAUGAGUAUACACUAAGAAAAAAUCGUCGGAAUUAAAGUGUGUACCACCGAUACAAGGCCCUAUCGUACAAAUUUAGACAGGCUCAGCUAGUUAUAAAAUUUUGCUUUAUAAAAUGAAAAAUAACUUUUAAAAAGUUCCAAAACCGAGGUAUAAAUAAGGAAAACACUCUGUAAAAUGCAUCUAUGUUUUGUGUAAGUAUGUCAGUGGCGGCUCGUAUACAUGGUACAUGUAUUUUAUGAUAAGCUCGGGGUGAACCCCUAAAAUUCAAUCAAUUCAAUUUAAUUCCUUAUAAAACAAUUUAUAAGCAGGUAUUAGAAUUUUCUAACGAACUUAAUUCAACAAAGUUGGAUCUAUUUAAAUGAAACUUUAAUCUUUUUUAUGUCAAUCUCAGGGAAACCCCAAAAAUUCAAUCUUUCCAUUAAAACCCCAUAAUUGGGGAUAAUUAUUGUUUUGACAUAUUUACCUUGAGUACCAGCUGCCACUGCUACACGUACGUAUACAUUUAUGCACAUCAAAGAAAUAUGCAAAGGAUUUGUCAGAGUUUAUGGCAAUUGUAAAUGUCACUCAUGCGAUAAUGCCUUUACAACGGGUAAUAACAAACCAUGCGUGUUAUUUUUGUUUUUUUUCUUUGUUUUCCGUUUUGUUUUUUUUUCUAUGCCUAUCGUUUUUGUUUCGCAGUGAAAUUACAAUAUAUCAUGAAAAUUUAUGUCCUCAAGUCCACACCUCGUUUUCGCAAUGCACUAUUUACCUGUCAUGUCUUACUCUCCAAUGAGAAUUUAUUUCGCUGGUUUGAAGGUAUUUCAUUGCUAAAUAUGUCACAUAAAAAUUAAUAGCUUCAAAUGCAACAAGAAAAGCAAAACAAUAACUGGCAGUCACAAAAUGAACAUGUAGCAGGCUGCAAUUUUAUAGGGAGUCACUGUCUAUCAUGACUCCCGAAAAUUCCGAUUUGGUACAUUUAGAUUCAGAAUCUGUAAUUGUAAAGUCCGAUAUGAUAUGUACAUACUUAUUUUGUAGUUAUUGCUUUUUUUAUUUUUACAUUUUUGUUUCCUUGCAUGCAUUUUUUCAAUUUUUUCUUAGUAUGCUUCCCUCCUCAAGAUCCCAUUUUAAAGUGUUAGAUACUUCUCAGAACAUUGGUUUUCGAUGUAUGUAUUUACCACAAAAUAUACUACCUUCCGUUAAAGUCCCAAGACCAAAAUGAAUGUCUGUUCCUUUUAAGAAUUAUAUGGUCUUACUCAUCUUCAGUCUUGGAAAAUACACAUUUAUACAGAGUGAUUCAUAAAAAUGGGACAAUGGACAACUACUAAAAAGGAUGAUUCAGACGAACAGGGUACAUAAUUACUAAAAUGUUAAUGGUUAAUAAGGUAGUGUAAAGAGCAUAAUAGCAGUAGAACAAGAAAAUUUAGUUAUUCCUGAAGAGGAUCCAAAUUAAGCAGUAACUGAUACUCAAGCUUCUGAGUUGACCGACUACUACUACGGUAAUCUAUGCAUCAUGCAUGUAGGGACUGCAUGUUGGGUUGCAUACUUUAGUAUUGUUCGUUGUCUAAUUGCAUGAAUACGACUUAUUUAAAAAUUCUAGCAAUGAUCGACUAAAACCUCUAUUCUGGGAAUUCCGUGGAAAUCCUUGGAGGCGUUUUCGAGAGAUUAAUCACAAAAAUUUCAAUUGGGGGUUUUUUAGUAAAGGGGGUUUAAAUAGGGGAGGUUUUACAACCUUAAGGCUUUAAGGGAAAAAAACAGUUACUUCUUGAGUCCUUGCAAGUGUUUUAGAGAAGUGGAGGUAUUAGAACCUUGGCCUUUAGGGGAAAAUGAUGAUCACAGUAUUUAUUUUCCAUUCUGUACGGACCACUCUGUAUGGUACGACCGGCGAGUAUCUUAAUGGUCAUCACAAUCCUUUGAAGCUAGAAUUCUGUGUGCAUCAUUUCGAUCUUGUUCUGGCAUUUUCUGGCCCUCAUCUUACCUUCGUUCUUUCGCAAUCGGUUACGUCGCGGGUCGUCCCCAUGCAACGGCGAAGCGGACGACGGACGCGACGCUGACGACGCCCCUGUGUGUGUGUGUGCAUCACACACUCACACACAUGUGUAUAUGUCGGGAAGUUCUCUCUCUUGGAGAAAAGACGGACUCAAAGGACCUGCCACCGCCACUUGCACUCAUGACAUUCUCAUUCCACAUUUCGCCGUGGUGGCUUGCAGAUGCACGCGACAGCGCACGAGUCUUAUAAGUAGCUUUCCGCAGGUUCUCGUCCACGAGAAGCAGAACCCAGAACUCGGUGGUUGUGUUGUUGUACACCGUGAGAAGUUACUCGACUUCCACGCACAGAAAUCAAAACCCGUACAAUUACCGGUCGGUUGGUCGGUCGGUCGCGGUGCGAUAUUAGUGGGUGAACAAUUUCUUUUUUUUUUAACUGUUUUUUCCUUUUUUACACUGAUUUUUUCUGCAUUCUUCCCAUACAAUACAACGAGAAGAUGUUAAGACUACUACUGUUUUGUUUAUCGGUUUCCGCAUUGAUCACAAGCGAAACUUUGGCAUCCACUCACACGCUAAAAAACCACGAACUUUUGGAAAAAUUGGGUUUGGUCAGAAUAAGGGGACCAAACAGUCACCACACAAAACGAUUGGCGGUCGAAUCGAGACACCACAGCAGGUCAGACGAUUCUCACAUGUUCGUUAUUAAACUUCCGCCUUUUCCCCACUAUUACGUCCAUAAUAAACCGACAGACGAGGGGCCCAGCAAGAAAAUCCCCGUGGGAUUCAAAAGCAAUGGCAAACCGUCCAAGGUUUACCACUGGAAUUUGCCUUUUCUGAAAAAGGUGGCGUCCCAAAAAAAUAAAUCGCGGUUGGGCGAGGACAACAUAUUGGACAUGCAAGACAUAAAACUUUGGAAUGAGGUUCUUGACAAGCCGGCCAAAGAUCAACCCAAAAAGGUUAUUAAACCUUCCUACUAUGUACCGUACAAGCCUAAGAAAGGGUUAGUUGUUAAAUACUUCCCCGGAAAUGGCAAACCUAAGGGCUUUUAUGUCAUAGACAAAAGCAAGAGAACACAAUAUCAUAAAUUAUCGCCAUGAUCACAUUGAGCAAAAAGGUUUGAACUUUAGGAGAAUUGUUGCGGUUUUCUAGACUAACAUCACACGUUUGGGAUUAUGGGGGGACAAUGGGGGUAUAACUAAAAUGGCACAACAUGCCACAUAACAAAUAUAUAAAUUAAUAUUAAUGUGAAAAUUCUUUUAAUUUUUAUCUACUACAAAGUAUUAACCAAUUAAAAAAAAGUUUUUAAAGUAUUUCAUAUGAUAAUCACAUAUAUAGACUUCUUCGACGAAUCUGUGACUAAUAAAUACGUUUUGUCGUUGUUAUUGCUGUUACCUCUUAUAGCUUAAUGGCAAGACAAUUGGUUCGUGAAGCCAAAGGUCUCGGGUUCAAUUCCCGACGAGAAUGUGACACCAGCAAAAAAUUUUCGUCAUUAAUUUGUAGUGGAUAAAAGUUAAAUGAAUUUUCACAUUAACAUUAAACAUUAACCACUAUUAAAAAAGGUCUCUUAAAGUAUUUAAUAUCAAAUUAUUACACUAUAAUAAAAAAAUAUAAAAACGUUCUUUUCGUGUCUCUCAUUUCUCUUUCACGAUAAAUAAUUAUUAAUUAG